AUGAAGUUAUAUAACCAAGCAUUUAUCAUUAUUUUAUGUAUUGCAAUAUCUCAAGCUUUUGAUGAGUCAGCAUUCUAUUCGGAGAAAGAGACGCUAAAUUUAUUAACAAUAUCAUUUACUCAUACCGACCAAACAAUUUUCAUUGACAUCGACAAUGACAGCAGUGUAAUUUUCAAAGACGCUUUACUAAAAUGUAUACACGAUCAGAAUCAUUCCGUUAUUUUGCUAAAUGACGUGCCAGAUUUUAUUUGCGAAGGAAAAAUAGUUAUACUGGAGGAAAACCCUAGUAUUGUCUUUACUAUAAAAUAUCUACAUCACAAUGUGCUGGAUAAUCCAUUACUGAAGUCUCUGCUAAAAUCACAUUGGUCACCACUGUUUAUUGUGGUAACUACUGAAGACAGCUUGUAUAAAUGUGUAGACGGAAAAUUAAAUGAAGAGGCUGUCAAUAACAUUGAAGGAUUUCUAAAUGAUUUAUGGCACAAAUACCGCAUAAUGCAUGCAUUCCUAAAUCUGCCAUAUGUCUGCCCGAACGAAUAUGUUGUUUAUGAUGGCAUCAAAUCAAAUGAAGGAGAAUUGUAUAACAGGACCAUUAAACUUAUUCGAGAAGAACAAUUACCAGGCAUAAAGUCCAAAAAGGCAUCUAGGAUGCUUACUCGAAAUUAUCCCCUUAGAGGCAAUAUCUUUUACCGAUUCCCCACGGCUAUUCAGGAAUGUGAAGGUACCGAUAUCUACAUAAAAACCAGUCAGAAAACCAGUGGCGGUUUUUGUGGAUUGGACGGCCUCGUAAUGUCAGAUAUAGUGACACACUUUAAAUUUAAUUUAUCAUUGCCAUCCUUGGGCUCGGAUUCCCUCAAAUAUGGAUAUCAGCAGCAAGAUGGAGUUAUAACAGGAAGCUUAGGACAUAUAGUGAGAAAAGAUGUGGACUUGUCCUUUAACUCGAGGUUCAUGACGAAAUAUAUCACGGGGCAACAGAAAUACAUAUUCCUAUAUCCUGUUGCAAAUGACGCUCUUUGCGUCGUUUUGAAACAACCUGAAGAGGAACCUCUAUGGCGGUAUCCCAUCAACGCUUUUAGUAUUCCGCAGUGGAUAUUCAUUCUCGCCUGCCUCACUAGCAUUGGAGUCAUAAUGUGGGCAUUUGCAAAGAUCAAAUAUAAAAUUAAUAAUACUAGAGCUACGCUCCUCUCUUACGUCUUGAACUCUAUAAAUGCUGGUCUGUUUGGCUUCUUUUUUAAACGAAGAACUAACUUACUUCUGUUUAGAGCUAGCUGCUUGUAUGCUUCAAUUAUGCUGCUCGCGGAAUAUCAGGGUUACAUAAAUUACAUAUUUACAACCCGCGUCCGAUACGACGUUUUAUAUAGCUUGUCACAAUUUGCGGAGUCGGGCACUGUAAUUCAAACGUCACCAUCCAUAUACACCUUCAUAAAUGAGACUGUCAACGAAGUCGGAGAGGUCCUUCUAUCUCGAAUGAUACUAAUGGAGAACACUGAUUCAUUCGAAUACGUCGUGCAUCACUCGAACACUGCGACUUUGGAAAGGAAAACUGAUGCGAUUAUGUGGAUUCUAAUGAAAUACACAGACGGAUCCGGCAGGCCUACAUUAUAUGUAAUGGAUGAUUCUGUUCGCUCUUUCUACUUAGCGUAUAUUGCAAAUUUGGGUAAGUUUUCUAUAUUCAUCAUUUCAAGAUACGCUAAUAUACCAACCACUGACGCGGUGUUUCCAACUCUGCCAAUCCAAUCUGAUUCUUCGUUUACCUACAUUCAUCUUCUAAAACGCAUGCUCCGAGCGUUUACAAAUAUGACUUUUUUUACAGAAUUCCCAUUUGUGGGCAUGAUUGACGUGUACAUAAUGAGUCUAUUCGAGACGGGCUUGAUAGAUAUGUACUACGCGUGGACGAGCCGCGCUCUGGGGCUGCAGGUGACGCUGCCCUACCUGUACUCGGAGCCGCGGCCCGCAUCCAAGAUAGGCAUGAAGGAACAAGUCAUCGCUUUCACUGUGCUCUUGGUGGGAUACGCCGCCUCUGUUAUCACGUUCGUUAUGGAAAUUUGGUUUGAUAGACGGCAGAAAUAUCCUUUCAUACAUUAA